GUUUUAGUUGCGUCCAAACGCUUUAGUCUUUAAGUUAGCCUAGCGAGUGCGAUCGCAGGAAUAAAUUCGAAAUUCGAGAAAACCCCAAGCGGAGCUCUGGCCAAGCUGUUGACUCUUCGACGGAUUGGCGGCAAAUGCGAGCAACUUUUUGGUUUUGGCCACAACACGAGCUCAAAAGUGAGAGUGCCCCGGACAGAGAGCUGCUCCAAGCUCUGUCUUUGAGUUGCUCUGAGAAAGCGGAAAGAAAGUGAAGAAACGAGUGGAGAUCACAGCGAUUAUUUAAUCCACAUUCGCCUUCACGAUCAGCAGGCAUCAAACCCUGGCUAAAUAGAUUCGGAGGCGCAAAUUAAUGGCGCUAACUUAAAUAUCCAAACCUGCCCGCUCCAACCCCGCAAGCGAUGACAGUUGGGCGGAGAAAAUCGAAGAAACCGAAGAAAAGUAUUGGAAUUUCAAAAAAACAACAAGACUACCGAUCUAGCCCAGCGAUCCGAAAGAUACAAAGCAUCAAAAUAUAAAUUGAUAAUUUAGAAAGCUAGCUGAAUACCAAAUAAGCUAGAUCCGGAGAGGCCACUCCACUCUCCGCCAUCGAGUUGGAUCAGUUCGGUGUUCAGUUACAGUCCAAGAUCGGAGGUUACACCCUAUAGUCUCAAAGUGUGCUUUCUCCUCUCGCCACGAAUUUGUUGAUAAAAGUGCACUUGCAACUUUUACAGGUGCCUAAGUUUUGCAAAAACCAAAAUCCAAACAAAUAAAAAAAUAAAAACAGUGAUAAUGAUACGACACACGGUCCUAAUAGUGCUCAUUUCGUUGGUCAGUGUCGAUUCCGGUCCAAAUACACCCCCACCCACCUUCACACCACCUGCCAGCACAGUUCACCUCAGCAACAUCCCACAACAAUUUCCACAAAAUCACAAUUACAAUCACAACAGCAGCCACAUUAGCAGAGGAAGUGUUUCCAAUGGCCGUGAUAAGAGAGGCGCCAAUUCCAACGCCAAUCCGAGUCCGAAUUUUCAACUGGAUCAGAGCGAGCUGGCCCGUCAGAAUCAGAUAACGCAACAGAUAUUUGCCAACUAUUUGGAGCGCCGGCUGUUUCCCAAUCGCACUGCGAACCAAAAGAUUCCCACCAUAGCCGAUAUUCUGCCAAAGCCGAAGCCCUCGCCCCGUCCCAGACCCCGAGGAUUUUCGGCCAGUAGUGCCGGAAACUUCAAAAGGAGCGGUGGCGGAGCUAUAAGGAAUCGUCUGGCAGCCGUGGCAGCUGCAAAACGACCAACAGCUCCCAGUCGCAAGAAGAUCGUGGAGGAGGAGGAUGAGGAGCUGGACGUGGAUGUGGACGAUGUGGAGCGGGACCAGCAGUCGCAGGCCAACCAGGAGGACUUCGACUACGAUGUUCAGGAGUCCUUGCAGAGCGUGGAGUCGGAGCAGCAUGAUCAGUACUAUGGCAAUAUAUUUCAUCGGGAUCCCAGCGAAAAUGAAAUUGAUGCAGACUGCCCCAACUGUGUGGACGAGUCACAGUACACGCCGAACAAAUGGACGAUGCCGUUGCUGAAGCUCGGGGAGAAGCGCUACUACCUCGGCAUCUUCUUCAAGGCAAACUGGUUCAAAGCGACACAAUAUUGUAGAUACCAUGGCAUGCAUUUGGCCAGCAUUUCAUCACAGGAAGAGAACGAUAGACUGGAGAAGCACAUACGUGACUUUGGCCUGGGCCACGAACAUUUCUGGAUUUCCGGCACCGACCUGGCCGACGAGGGCACCUUCUUCUGGAUGGCCACCGGCCGGCCAAUAACCUUCACCAACUGGAACGCCGGCGAGCCAAACAAUUUCCGCUACGAGAACGGGGAGGAGGAGAACUGCCUGGAGCUGUGGAAUCGCGAUGGCAAGGGCCUCAAGUGGAACGAUUCACCCUGCAGCUUCGAGACCUACUUUGUCUGCGAGGUUCAGCCCAAUUAGGAGGGAUAUUGAAUCUAUAUAUUCACCUGAUAUAUAUGCCAGAUAUUAUCCAGCUAUAUGUCGGUGUGGGCACAAUAGUAAUUAACUAGUUUGGGGCGGUCGGAAAACCAAGGUUAGCGCUUCGGUUUAUCGCCAAAGUGAAAGUGGAAAAGUGAAUGUGGAAAAUAGAAAAGUUUGCACGAUCAAAAUUCACCUAUUUUAAGAUUAUUAGAUUUAAAUGUAAAAAAAAAAACUUGUUGAUAAUUAGCUAGCUAGUAAACCUAAUUAAAUUAUGCCUAGGAUCGUUUGUAUUUUCUCAUGUAAAAAUAUGAAUAAAGUGUAUCGUAAACAAUGAAA